AUGUCGGGCGGUGGCGAACACCUGAAAGAUGAGGGUUCGAAGAUACAAGUUGUUGGAGCAGGAGCAGUUGCAGGCUUAGUUUCGCGAUUUUGUAUCGCUCCCCUCGACGUGCUCAAAAUACGCUUGCAGCUUCAGAUCCACUCACUUGCGGACCCAUUGGAUGUGCAUGCAGUGAAGAAGAAAGCUAUUAACACAGCUCAAGUGUUCAGAAAUAUAUAUGUCGAUGAAGGACUGACAGCUUUUUGGAAAGGCAACAUCCCUGCAGAACUCCUCUACGUGACGUACGGUGCUGCCCAGUUCACCACUUAUCGCCUCACUAACCAAGCUCUCAAACCACUUGAGCUCUCCAAUGGGGCAGAGGCAUUCAUUUCCGGCGGCGUAGCCGGCGCUGCUGCCGCAAGCCUAACAUAUCCCUUGGACCUCCUACGGACACGCUUUGCAGCUCAGGGCACAGACAGAGUAUAUGCCAGCCUUCGUGGUGGUAUUCGGGACAUCUGGCAGCAGGAGGGGCUCAAGGGUUUUUAUCACGGCGUCGGCAUUAGUGUAGGGCAAAUUGUGCCCUACAUGGGACUCUUUUUCAGCAUCUAUGAAGUAUUGAGGCCUCCUCUGGCCGACCUCUCUCUCCCCUUUGGAUCCGGUGACGCGACAGCUGGCGUGACUGCAAGUAUGCUGGCAAAGACUGGAGUAUUCCCACUCGACCUGAUCCGAAAACGAUUGCAAGUGCAAGGUCCUAGCCGGUCGAGGUACGUUGGUGGAAAGAUUCCGGCGUACGGAAAAGGUGUCUGGAAGAUAGCAAGAGUGAUUGUCAGGCGUGAAGGCUGGCGAGGGCUGUACAGGGGACUCGGCGUGGGUUUGCUGAAAUCGGCACCAGCAAGUGCCAUCACGAUGUGGACGUAUGAGAGGGUUUUAAAGAUCAUGAAAGAGUCUGAAGUCUUGGUCGAUGCUUAG